UUUUCGUAUUGUUCGUUUCCACAAAGCGACACAGUCUUUUUUGCAAAGCGGAAAAUCAAGCACAACUACAAAAACACCAGCGUUCGAUAUUACACUAUUGUCGUACUGGGUGCGAUAUAGCGAGACGACUUGCAAAAAAAUGCGGCCUGGUGGAUCAGUGCGCAUCACAUUGGACGCGCCGCGCUCGUCGACGGCGGGCUUCUUUCGGCGGCUGCGUCGGACGCUCUUCCGACCGCGGAUGCUGCUGGUGCUGCUCAUGGUUGUGAUGCUGUUUGUGAUGGCCGAGUACCACAACGCCCGCGACGCAUCCAAGAUUGGCCACACUGGCGGGCGGACCCUGCACACCAAGGGCACUGCCGAGGGCGGCGACAAGGAGGCUGUUGCUGCAGCGGCCGCCUCGUGGAAGGACCGCUCGUUCAGCAGCAAUGCAAGCAGCGCCACCGGCUGCAGAAACACCGUCCAAGGCCGCGUCCUCGUCACUGAUGACCGAGGGAAUAUGUGCACACGAACGAGUGUUCUGCCAAAUGGGUGCUGCUCGCCCGCUGCGAAUACGACCAGGCAGUAUGUGUGCGACAGCUGCACUCCAAACGAUUGCUGCACCCAAUUUGAGGUCUGCGUAUCGUGCUGCCUGCAGCCGAGCAAGACCUUCUUCUUGAUCAAGUUCCUCCAUCGAGCACGCGAUGCCCUCUUUAUGAACGUGCAGGACCAGUUUGAAAUGUGCCUCGCCAAGUGCCGCACUUCAUCGCUGUCCGUUGUGCACGAGAACACGUACAAGGACACCCAGUACAAGUAUUGCUUUGGGCACGAGCCAAUCACGACGCCGCCACAACACACGCGCGCCGCGCAGCCUGUCAAGAUCCCGGCAGGUGGCAACCAUCCCGCUCCCAAUCCAAACCAGGGUUCUGGACAACAACACCGCCAGGAGCAGCUCACACCAGCACAACGCCAACACCCACAGCAACUGCGGCAUGAUCCAGCGUUUGCUCCUCAACUGCGACAGCAGCAAUUACAGCAGCAGCUACAACAACAACAACAAGAACAGCAACAACAACAACCACAACAACAACAACACGUCCAGCGUCCAAGACAAGGUUCUCAGGAGUUUGACAUGCCCAACCCAGAAUAGCGAUCACACCAUUCAUCGUUCUCAUUGUUAUCCAUUGCUUUUCCCCUCGUUUGUUAGCUGCCCCAGCGUCAGGUUGUUAGUACCCCCUUCAAUACACGAAACUUGUGUUCCACUUUCACAACGCAGCACUUUGAGUCAUCACCUGCAGUAGAUCUGUGACCAUCCCAACGAACUUUG